UCCAGAAAGCCCGUCUGGCCAGGAUACGAAUAUCCAAGACAGGAAGCUCCAAUGCCUUCCUCCACAGCAAACGGAAUGGCCUCUUCAGCGACACCUUGGAGCUCACGGUAAGAAAACACUCAAUACAACCACCACUGACUGGGCCUCCCUAGUGGUGCAGUGGGCUGUGCCACUAGAGAUCCUGGUUCGAAUCCAGGCUCUGUGCCACUAGAGAUCCUGGUUCGAAUCCAGGCUCUGUUGUAGCCGGCCGCGACCGGGAGACCCAUGGAGUGGCGCACAAGUCGUCCAGGGUAGGGGAGGGAAUGGCUGGCAGAGAUGUAGCGCAGUUGGUAGAGCAUGGCGUUUGCAUCGCCAGGGUUAUGGGUUCGAUUCCCACGGGGGGCCAGUAUGAAAAAUAAAAUAAAAUAUGUAUGCACUCACUAACUGUAAGUCGCUCUGGAUAAGAGCGUCUGCUAAAUGACUAAAAUGUAAAAUGUACUAGUCUAAUUAAUCGAUAGCAUCCCUCUUCACAACACUUCUGGACUCAAAUAACUAAAAGACUCACACCACACGACCUUUAACCUUUAACUCACAAAGGCCCUCUCUACAAGCCAGCCCAGUCACAACAGUAGAAUGCUGUAUGUUUGCCCUGAACGUGUGCGUACAUUGGAGUGACACUUUACCCCGUGGGACAGACUCCUGCCUCUCUCAAGUACCAGCUCAUAUAAUCACGCUUUGACUGCACUUCAUUGAACACUUUAUAGAUUGCGUCCUUCUUCCGUCUCCUUGAGUUAAUCAUUGACUCAUAACUUAUGGGAUAGAUCAAAAUAAGGUUACUACAUUCCCCAAUCCAACCUUAUCAGAUCAGUUACUUCCUCAAGGCAGUAAGGAGAGAGAUGUCUUUAUUCAAACAGGGCCUGGCCUGGCUUCUGAGAACAGCUAAAUGCAGUCCUGUUAAAUAUGCCGUAGUGUUAAUUUGAACAUCUUGGUGCUCAGCUGGGAUCCAGGCUAGCAGACAUGUAAACACAUGUUCCUCCUCUCCUUUCCUCUCCUCUCUUCUCUGGGCUGAGAUACACCAAAACACAAGGACAAUUUAGCUGUCUCCGUUUCUGAAUGUAUAGCUUAUCCUUCUAUACACCCAUGAAUUGUACUGGGAUUUGACUGUGCCUCCACCAGCUCUGGUUACUUUAGGUCCCAAGCAAAACGAUGUCGUUGAAGUCACAGGGUUAAAGCCAGCAGACCUUCGAUACAUCUGCACCACACAGAAGAUUAGUACAUUGUGUCAGUGUAUUAUGCAGCGUCACCUGGUUCCCAACCUGCCUGUAGUGUAGAUAAUGGACCAGCCACCUGGGUGAUUCACAGCAGCCCUCACACCAGUGGAGGCUGCUGAGGGGAGGACGGCUCAUAAUAAUGGCUGGAACGGAGCCAAUGGAAUGGCAUCAAACCAUGUGUUUGUUGUAUUUGAUACCAUUCCACCUAUUCCGCUCCAGCCGUUACCACGAGCCCGUCCUCCCCAAUUAAGGUGCCACCAACCUCCCAUGCCUCACACAGCCUGCUGAUUCUUUGGCUUUAGUCUUUAGUAAUGAGUAGGACAGAACCAGAAAUAGCUGUGUCUGUGUACUGUAGCUCAGCACUGUUCAGGUGAACUCUCCCCCACAGCACAUAGAAACAUGUGCUGCAGCACUGCUCACAUACACAGGGGAGGAGGGAACUACAUAAUAACACACAGCAGACAUGGUGGAAACUCAGCCCGGUCUCAUGGACUCAAUUCGGAACACUCAAAUUAGUAUGAUAUGUUACGUUUGGUAUGGUUACAUAAGACAGAAGGUUACUUAAGGCAAAAAACGAAAGUAGGACGGUUAGUCGGGGAGGAUGGGUGGGUGUAUAGAGCGCACCUGAUUCUAAUAAUUAGCUGGUUGAUAAGCUGAAUCAGGUUAGUUACAACUGGGGUUGGUGCGAAAACCUACAGGAGGGUAGCUCUCCACGAACAGGGUUGGAGAGCCCUGCUUUAACCUAACUUCUAACCUUAACCCCUAGCCUAGCUAACGUUAGCCACCUAGCUAACGUUAGCAUUAAACCACGUAGCCACCUAGCUAGGUUUAGCCACAACAAAUUGGAAUUCGUAACAUAUCAUAUGUUUAGCAAAUCCGUAACAUAUUAUACAAAUUGCAAUUCGUAACAUUUUGUAUGAAUUGUAAUUCGUAACAUAUCAUACGAAAUGGAAUAUGGACAUCCACAAAUUAAUACAUACAGUGCAUUCAGAAAGUAUUCAUACCCUUUGACUUAUUCCACAUUUUGUUGCGUAACAGUCUGAUUUCAAAUAUGGAUUGAAUAAAUGUUUUGCUCACCCAUCUACACACAAUACCCCAUAAUGGCAAAGUGAAAACAUGUUUUUAGUAAUUUUAGCAAAUGUAUUGAAAAUGAAAUACAGAAAUAUAAAAUGUACAUAAGUAUUCACACCCCUGAGUCAAUACAUGUUAGAAUCACCUUUGGCAGCGAUUAUACCUGCAAGUCUUUCUGUGUAAGUCUCUAAGUGCUUUCCACACCUGGAUAGUGCAACAUUUGCAUAUUAUUCUUUUUAAAAUUCUUCAAGCUCUGUCAAGUUGGUUGUUGAUCAUUACUAGACAGACAUUUUUAAGUCUUGCCAUAGAUUUUCAAGCCGAUUUACAUCAAAACUGUAACUAGGCCACUCCGGAACAUUCAAUGUCGUCUCCAGUGUAUAUUUGGCCUUGUGUUGUAGGUUAUUGUCCUGCUGAAAGGUGAAUUUGUUGGAAAGCAGACUGAACCAGGUUUUCCUCUAGAAUAUUUCCUGUGCAUAGUUCUAUUCUGUUUUUUAUUUUUUAUUUUUUUUACUCCCUAGUCCUUGCCGAUGACAAGCAUACCCAUAACAUGAUGCAGCCACCACCAUGCUUGAAAAUAUGAAGAGUGGAACUCAGUGAUGUGUUUGCCCCAAACAUAACUCUUUGUAUUCGCGACAUAAAGUUAAUUUCUUUGCCACAUUUUUUGCAGUUUUACUUUAGUGCCUUAUUGCAAACAGGAUGCAUGUUUUGGAAUAUUUGUAUUCUGUACAGGCUUCCUUCUUUUCACUCUGUCAUUUAGGUUAGUAUUGUGGAGUAACUACAAUGUUGUUGAUCCAUCCUCAGUUUUCUCCUAUCACAGCCAUCAAACUCUGUAACUGUUUUAAAGUCACUAUUGACCUCAUGGUGAAGUCCCUGAGCGAUUUCCGUCCUCUCCGGCAACUGAGUUAGGAAAGACGCCUAUAUCUUUGUAGUGAAUGGGUGUAUUGAUACACCAUCCAAAGUGUAAUUAAUAACGUCACCAUGCUCAAAGGGAUAUUUAGUGUCUACCAAUUGGUGCCCUUCUUUGUGAGGGAUUGGAAAACCUCCCUGGUCUUUGUGGUUUGAAAUUCACUGCUUGACUGAGGGACUUUACAGAUAAUUGUAUAUGUGGGGUACAGAGAUGAGUUAGUCAUUAAAAAAUCAAGGUAAACACUAUUAUUGCACACAAGAGUGAGUCCAUGCAACUUAUUAUGUGACUUGGGGCGGCGCACAAUUGGCGCACAAUUAGCCCAGCGUCGUCCAGGGUAGGGGAGGGAAUGGCCAGCAGGGAUGUAGCUCAGUUGGUAGAGCAUGGCGUUUGCAACGCCAGGGUUGUGGGUUCGAUUCCCACGGGGGGCCAGUAUGAAAAAAAAAAUAUAUAUAUAUAUAUAUAUAUAUAUAUAUAUAUAUAAUGUAUGCACUCACUAACUGUAAGUCGCUCUGGAUAAGAGCGUCUGCUAAAUGACUAAAAUGUAAAUGUAAAAUGUUAAGCACAUUUUUACUCCUGAAUUUAUUUAGGCUUGCCCUAACAAGGGGGCUGAAUACUUAUUGGCUCAACACAUUUCAGCUUUUAAUUUUUUUAUAACUUUUUUAUUUUCUAAAAACAUAAUUCCACCUUGACAUUAUGGGGUAUUGUGUAUAGGCCAGUGACUCGAAAUCUCAAUUUAAUACAUUUUAAAAUCAGGCUGCAACACAACAAAAUGUGGAAAAAGUCAAGGGGUGUGAAUACUUUUGAAGGCACUGUACCAUACGAAACGUAACAUAUCAUACUAAUUGGAGUGUCCUGGAUUUCCAUUUACUAUAUUGCAUCUACCACUGAGUCCAGGUUGGGAAACUAAACGUUAAAAUGAUUAAAGGCUGUAUUGUAUUCAGCGAUAAAAGAAAAAAAAAUAGUAGGGGUAGAUUUUAGGUGGUUUGAUGUUUAUGCAUUUUAACAAGCCAAACAAAGGGGUUUGUCAGGGAUUGCAGUGUGCUGUGCUGUCAGCCCUGACUGAUGCAACCCAGUGAAAGUAUACAGUAUGCGUACGUAACAGUGUUGCGUCCGUCCCUCUCCUUGCACCAACCUGGGCUUGAAUCAGGGACCCUCUGAACACAUCAACAACAGUCACCCACGAAGCAUCAUUACCUAUCGCUCCACAAUAGUCGUGGCCCUUGCAGAGGGAAACAACUACUUUAAGGUCUCAGAGCGAGUCACGGCACCUAUUGAAACGCUACUAGCGUGGUGCUAACUAGCUAGCCAUUUCACCCCUGUUACACGUAUCUGGAGCAAAGACCUCCCCCCAUUUUCUCUGACUGACAUUCAGAGGCCUUCUACCCCUCUAUAUCUAGCCUUAGGUAUACUACAGACCAAACACGCAUCCUUAUACUUAAUUUUGACAUACUAAUUUAUUUAUGUAGUUGACAUACAUUUAUCAACAUUAGAAUAAACAUUAAUCAACGUUUGAGCCAAACACCUAGCCGUCUGGCCCUCUAGGCUGUUGCUCCUGCUCCCUCAGCCCAGAGCCCAGAGCUAUAGCCAGCAGCAGUCAGGAGCUAUAGCCAGCAGCAGUCCAGAGCUAUAGCCAGCAGCAGUCCAGAGCUAUAGCCAGCAGCAGUCCAGAGCUAUAGCCAGCAGCAGCCCAGAGCUAUAGCCAGCAGCAGCCCAGAGCAUAGCCAGCAGCGUCAGCCAGAGCUAUAGCCAGCAGCAGUCAGAGCAUUAGCACAGCAGUCCAGAGCUAUAGCCAGCAGCAGUCAGGAGCUAUAGCCAGCAGCAGUCCAGAGCUAUAGCCAGCAGCAGCCCAGAGCUAUAGCCAGCAGCAUCAGUCCAGAGCUAUAGCCAGCAGCAGUCAGGAGCUAUAGCCAGCAGCAGUCCAGAGCUAUAGCCAGCAGCAUCAGUCCAGAGCUAUAGCCAGCAGCAGUCCAGAGCUAUAGCCAGCAGCAGUCCAGAGCUAUAGCCAGCAGCAGUCCAGAGCUAUAGCCAGCAGCAGUCCAGAGCUAUAGCCAGCAGCAGUCCAGAGCUAUAGCCAGCAGCAGUCCAGAGCUAUAGCCAGCAGCAUCAGUCCAGAGCUAUAGCCAGCAGCAUCAGUCCAGAGCUAUAGCCAGCAGCAUCGUCCAGAGCUAUAGCCCAGCAUCAGUCCAGAGCUAUAGCCAGCAUCAGUCCAGAGCUAUAGCCAGCAUCAGUCCAGAGCUAUAGCCAGGCAUCAGUCCAGAGCUAUAGCCAGCAGUCCAGAGCAUCCAGAGCUAAUAGCCAGCAUACAGCAGAGCAUAGCCAGCAGCAUCAGUCCAGAGCUAUAGCCAGCAGCACAGUCCAGAGCUAUAGCAGCAGCAAGUCCAGAGCUAUAGUCAGCAGCAGUCCAGAGCUAUAGCCGUAGCAGUCUAGAGCUAUAGCCAGCAGAUCAGUUUCAGAGCUAUAGCCAGCAGCAGUCCAGAGCUAUAGCCAGCAGCAGUCCAGAGCUAUAGCCAGCCAUCAGUCCAGAGCUAUAGCCAGCAGUAGUCCAGAGCUAUAGCCAGCAGCAGUCCAGGUAGCACAGCAUCGUACCGAGCUAGCCAGCAGCAUCCAAGCUCCAGCAAUAGCCGAGCUAUAGCCAGCUCCAGAGCUAUAGCCAGCAGCAGUCCAGAGCUAUAGCCAGAGCAGUCCAGAGCUAUCCAGCAGCAUCAGUCCAGAGCUUAAGCCAGCAGCAUCAGUCCAGAGCUUAGCCAGCAGCAUCAGUCCAGAGCUAUAGCCAGCAGCAGCAUUCUAGAGCUAUAGCCAGGCAUCAGUCCAGAGCUAUAGCCAGCACAGUCCAGAGCAUCAGAGCAGCCAGCAGCCAGACUAUAGCCAGCAGCAGUCCAGAGCAUAGCCAGCAGCAUGUCCAGAGCUAUAGCAGCAGCAGUCCAGAGCAUAGCCAGCAGCAGUCCAGAGCUAUAGCCAGCAGCAGUCAGAGCUAUAGCCAGCAGCAGUCCAGAGCUAUAGCCAGCAGCAGUCCAGAGCUAUAGCCAGCAGCAUCAGUCCAGAGCUAUAGCCAGCAGCAGUCCAGAGCUAUAGCAGCAGCAUCGGGUCCAGAGCUAUAGCCAGCAGCAUCAGUCCAGAGCUAUAGCAGCAGCAGUCAGAGCUUAGCCAGCAGCAUCCAGAGCUAUAGCCAGCAGCAUCAGUCCAGAGCUAUAGCCAGCAGCAUCAGUCCAGAGCUAUAGCCAGCAGCAUCAGUCCAGAGCAAUAGCCAGCAGCAGUCCAGAGCUAUAGCCAGCAGCAGUCCAGAGCUAUAGCCAGCAGCAUCAGUCUAGAGCUAUAGCCAGCAGCAUCAGUCCAGAGCUAUAGCCAGCAGCAUCAGUCCAGAGCUAUAGCCAGCAGCAGUCCAGAGCUAUAGCCAGCAGCAGUCCAGAGCUAUAGCCAGCAGCAGCCCACUCAGACACUCUCUGACUCACCACGCUGCUCAGAGAAGAGAGUGUCGUGCCCCAGCAAAGAAAGAACAAACCACUUGCACUCCCACACUUACACUCACACUCUCUCCCUCCCUCACACACACACACAAACACAGGAGCAUUCAGGAAAAACAACUAAUUAACUAGACAUUAUCCAUCGAUCGAUCGAGAGAGAGAGAGAGAGAGAGAGAGAGAGAGAGAGAGAGAGAGAGAGAGAGAGAGAGAGAGAGAGAGGAGAUGGGUAAACAAUGUAACAGUGAAUAUUUCUAUAUGUUUGUAAAGUGUGCUGAAAUUCUCCAGUCCGGUGUAAACAGAUAUAUUGUCUACUGCCCUGGGUAGUAUUGCCUUUCUGGCCCAGACCUUGUGAUUGACAUGACUGUGGCCUCCAGCCUGAACACUGAGCAUUCAAUAUACUGAAAUGAAAACCUAGUAAAACUCUACCUGUGUGUCUUUUUGUCUCCUCUUUCACCUUUGACCUGAAGCAACUUCCUUACAAGAUGAACCUUUCAGACCAGGUACAGAGCCAGCAAACAGCCACAUACAACACCUACUAAACCCCUCGAUCUGUUGGCGCACAUCAAUGUGGAGCAUUUCACUCACAGUGGCUUUGUGUGUGUGUGUGUGUGUGUGUGUGUGUGUGUGUGUGUGUGUGUGUGUGUUGCAGAGUUCCAUUGAGGAGGAGCAGCAGCUGAACAAGAACCAGUCUCUAUUAGAGAGCCAACACCACCACCUGCUGCAUUGUCUGGAGAAAACCACAGUGAGCACACACACACACACACACAACCACAGUGAUUACACACACACACACACACAAAAACAACAACAGUGAGUACACACGCACACACAAAAAAACACAGUGAGUACACACACACACAAAAAACCACAGUGAGUACACACACAAAAAACCACGGUGAGGGCCUCCCGAGUGGCGCUGCGGUCUAAGGCACUGCAUCGCAGUGCUUGAAGCGUCACUACAGACCCGGGUUCGAUCCUGGGAUGUGUCGCAGCCGGCCGCGACCGGGAGACCCUUGAGGCGGCACACAAUUGGCCCAGCGUCGUCCGGGUUAGGUGAGGGUUUGGGCGGCCGGGAUAUCCUUGACCCAUCAUGCUCUAGCCGACUCCGUGUGGCGGGCCGGGCGCAUGCACGCUGACUUUGGUCGCCAGUUGUACGGUGUUUCCUCCGACACAUUGGUGCGGCUGGCUUCCGGGUUAAGCGAGCAGUGCGGCUUGGCAGGGUCGUGUUUUGGAGGACGCAUGGCUCUCGACCUUCGCCUCUCCCGAGUCCGUACAGGAGUUGCAGCGAUGGAACAAGACUAACUACCAAUUGGGGAGAAAAAGAUUUUAAAAAAUAAACACAGUGAGUACAUGUACACACACACACACAAAACCAUGGUGAGUACAAACAUAAACACACACUUCACUGACAAGCACAUAAAACAAGAAAAAAACUCAAUGUUAAAUAUCUUUUGUUUCUUAUCAACUGUAAAAUAAUAUUGCAACAUGUUUCCAGUUUACUUCAAUACCGUGAACAUUGAACUAGCACUGAGCAUUCUGCUGUAAUAUGCUGUCCGACACACUGGGUCUUCCAUGGGCAAUAGUGGCAUGUUCAUCUGAUGUACAGGCUGAGAUUAGAUAGGGUCUUGUCCAUACUACUAUAAGGAAUUGUCAAUUUCAGGCUAGAGCAGCGGGCAUGUAAUGAUGCCUUAUAGAAGAACACUGGGUCCUGUAGUGAACAAGCCUGGGUUCAACACAGAAUGCUACCAACCCCAAUGGACAUGAAUUUGAGAUAAAUGAUGUGUUUUUCAGAUGUCCCUACUCUUCUCUUUCAGGGACGUGGAGCAGCCGCGACAAGACGAGCGAGAGCGAGAGAACAAAUUGAGAGCGAGCGAGAAAAACAAGCCUCGCACCACCAAAAACGAGCCAAAAGAAAGCAUAAAAGAACCAAGAGACGACAACCCGAAAACGAGCAAACAAAUGAGAGACCCGCCAACAAAGAGAACACACACAAAUCGACCGAAAACGCCUCAAACUCGCUCCUCGCUCUCUCCCCCCUUUCUCCUCAACUCUCCCCUCUCCUUCUCUCCCACUCUCCCCUCUCUCUUCCCUUUCUCUUCCCCUCUCUCUUCCCACUCUCUCCCCCUAUCUUCCCCCUCUCUCUCUCCCCUCUCUCUCUCUCCCCUCUCUGUAGAAUCAUGAGUUUGCAGAUGAGCAGUGUUAUGAGCAGAGCUACCUGGAGGGGGCACUCCAGAGCUACCCGUCUCAAAGCCCCUCCCUCUCCAGCCAAGAAGGCAUGACGGGCACCUGCUGUACCCGCCGCUCCAAGAGGAACCACGCCCCUUUACCCAACUCCAGUAUGCCCACGUGCGCUCUCACACACCCCCUCACACACACACACCCUCAUCAUAACCUGCAGGAGCUCAGCACCAUUCACAUCCAGCCGCUCAACACCAGGUGAGCUUUAAGCACUUGCCAUAAGUCAGGUUUAACACUAAACAUGGUAAUAUUAUCAGGGCUAUUACUACUGACCCAUAGUCAGUCCAAUGGUUAAAACAAGCCCAUACUGUGAGCUUAUGCUAUGAACAAAAUAAUUAAUUGGUUGACACCCAAGUCCAUUACUAAAGACAAUGAUAUCUAGAAUGCCAAAUGGCUGUUAAUUUCUCUCUGAUGUUUUGCUAUUCUCCAGUGAUGCUGGUAUGUCAGGUGCUAACAAAUGACUAAUCCCUGUCAUAGUGUAUUACAUUUUGUCUUUCAUGGGCUCAGCAGCAAUAUACCUUCCUCUGUCAUUUCACUUGAUUUUAUUAAUUCUGUCAUAUUAUGUUCCUCUUUUGCAAAUGACUAUGAAUUAACGGACGUAUUUCCUAAAACUUGUCAAUAUUAAACAUCAUAUUAAGGUGUGGGACGUUAAUUAGAACUGUUAAGGCUCCAUGGGUUGAUGAGGAAUUGAAAAACUGUAUGGUUGAAAGAGAUUGGGCAAAAGGAGUGGCUAAUAAGUCUGGCUGCACAUCUGGCUGGCUGAUUUACUGCAAAUUGAGAAAUUAUGUGACUAAACUUAACAAAAAGAAGAAUAAAUGGUAUUAUGAAGCCAAGAUCAAUGAUAUAAAGAAUGAUGGAAAUUCAACUCCAUCUUUCAUUGAAUCUGAUGGCUUAUUCAUCACAAAACCAUUUGAUGUUGCCAAUUAUUUUAAUGAUUACUUCAUUGGCACAGUGGGCAAACUUAAGCAGGAAAUGCCAACAACGAACAGUGAGCCAUCGUAUUCAUGAAUAAAAUAAAAUAAACAAAAUGAAUGAAAAGCAUUGUAAGUUUGAAUUCUGUAAAGUUAGUGUGUGACAGGUGGAAAAAUUAUUGUUAUCGAUCAAUAAUGACAAACCUCCUGGCAUUGACAAUUUAGAUGGAAGGCUACUGAGGAUGGUAGCUGACUAUGGCCACUCCUAUCUGUCAUAUCGUUAAUCUGAGUCUAGAGGAAGGUUUUUCCACAGGCCUGGAGGGAAGCCAAACUCAUUCCGCUACCCAAGAGUGGUAAAGCGGCCUUUACUGGUUCUAACAGCAGACCCAAUCAGCUUGCUGCCAGCUCUUAGCAAACUGUUGGAAAAAAUUGUAUUGACCAAAUACAAUGCUAUUUCUCUGUAAACAAAUUGACAACAGACUUUCAGCAUGCUUAUAGAGAAGGGCACUCAACAUGUAUUGUACUGACACAAAUAACUGAUGAUUGGUUGAAAGAAAUUGAUAAUAAGAAGACUGUGGGAGCUGUACUGUUAGAUUUCAGUGCAGCCUUUGAUAUUAUUGACCAUAACCUGUUAUUUUUAAUGCCUUUUCAACUUCUGCCAUAUCGUGGAUUCAGAGCCAUCCAUCUAAUAGAACUCAGAGCGUUUUCAUUUAAUGGAAGCGUCUCUAAUGUCAAACAUGUAGGGUGUGGUGUACCGCAGGGCAGUUCUCUAGGCCCUCUACUUUUUUAUAUUUUUACCAAUGACAUGCCACUGGCAUUAAACAAAGCCUGUGUGUCCAUGUAUGCUGAUGAUUCAACCAUAUGUCUCAGCUACCACAGCUAAUGAAGUCACUGAAACCCUUAACAAAGAGUUGCAGUCAGUUUUGGAAUGAGUGGCCAGUAAUAAACUGGCCUUGAACAUCUCUAAAACUAAGAGCAUUGUAUUUGGUACAAAUCAUUGCUCUAGACCUCAGCUGAAUCUGGUAAUGCAUGGUGUGGUUGUUGAACAAGUUGAGGAGACUAAAUUACUUGGUGUAAUCUUAGAUUGUAAACUGUCAUGUCAAAACAUAUAGAUUAAAUGGUUGUAAAGAUGGGGAGAGGUCUGUCCGUAAUGACGAGAUGUUUUUUUGACACAGCACUCCACAUAGCAAGUCCUGCAGGCUCUAGUUGUGUAUUAUCUUGAUUCUUGUCCAGCCAUGUGGUCAAGUGCUGCUAAGAAAGACCUAGUUAAGCUGCAGCUGGCCCAGAUCAAAGCAGCACAUCUUGCUCUUCAUUGUAAUCAGAAGGCUACUAUACAUACUAAGCAUGCCAGUCUCUAUUUGGCUAAGAAUUGACGAGAGACUGACUGCAUUACUUCUUCUUUUCAUAAGAAACAUAUUGUGUUGAAAAUUACAAAUUGUUUAUAUAGUCAACUAAUGCACAGCUCUGACACACACACUUACACUGCCAGACAUGCCACCAGGGGUCUUUUCAUAGUCUCCAAAUCCAGAACAAAUUCAAGAAAGUGUACAGUAUUAUAUAGAGCCAUUAUUGCAUUGAACUCCCUUCCAUAUCAUAUUGCUCAAAUGAACAGCAAACCUGGUUUUAAAAUGUUGUGUGUACGUAUUGAUAUGUAGGCUAUGUGUGCCGUUUUAAAAUGUAUAUAGUUCUGUCCUUGAGCUGUUCUUGUCUAUUAAUGUUCUGUAUUAUGUAAUGUUUCAUGUUUUGUGUGGACCCCAGGAAGAGUAGCUGCGGCUUUCGCAACAGCUAAUGGGGAUCCAAAUAAAAUAAAAUAAAUAAAUAAAUAUUGUAAAAAGAAAUAACUAGCAGGUCUACUAUGCUCAAGGAGCUAGAAUUUGUCAGUCCACAAUUCAGCUGUGGGAACAUGGCGUCUCUCAAUACCAGACAACAGAAAGAGCUGGCCGGUACUAUACGAGAGAUUGUUCUUGAAGAGAUUACCUCUGCCCUCGAUUUACAAUUAAAACCGGUAAAUGAAUCAUUGGCAGUGAUCACUGCUAAAGUGGAUAGCUAUCCGAAGUGAAAAGUCUGGAGAGGAUAGCCAAUGCGACAGACUUGGAAACAGCGCAAACUAGGUUGGAAGGGAUAAUCAAACUCCUAAAAGAGAAGAUGUAAUUCAAUGUGCGGGUUACAGGACUUGAAACUGUUGUGGAAGCGGGCAACCCAACUUCCUUCAUGAGCAAUCUUUUCUAUGAACUGUCUGGGCAGGAGAAGCUGGGUCCCAUGCCACUGAUUAACAUUGCGCGUCGCACAGGUCCUCUCCAGAAUGGAUCUUGUGUAUGAUUGUACGGAUCCACAGCUUUGCAGUCAAGCCGUGAAUUGUUCGAUUUGCAAACUAAUCCAGGGGUCUGACCUACACUAGCAGUCAAAAGUUUGGACACACCUACUCAUUCAAGGCUUUUUCUAUAUUUUUACAUUGUAGAAUAAUAGUGAAGACAUCAAAACUAUGAAAUAACACAUAUGAAAUCAUAAAGUAACCAACAAAGUGUUAAAUCAAAAUAUAUUUUAUAUUUGAGAUUCUUCAAAUAGCCACCCUCUGCCUUGAUGACAGCUUUGCACACACUUGGCAUUCUCUCAACCAGGUUCAUGAGAUAGUCACCUGGAGUGCAUUUCAAUUAACAGAUGUGCAUUCUUAAAAGUUAAUUUGUGGAAUUUCUUUCCUUCUUAAUGCUUUUGAGCCAAUCAGUUGUGUUGUGACAAGGUAGGUGGGUAUACAGAAGAUAGCCCUAUUUGGUAAAAGACCAAGUCCAUAUUAUGUCAAGAACAGCUCAAAUAAGCAAUAGAAACAACAGUCCAUCAUUACUUUGGACACGAAGGUCAGUCAAUACGGAACAUUUCAAGAACUUUGAAAGUUUCUUCAAGUGCAGUGGCAAAAAACAUCAAGCGCUAUGAUGAAACUGGCUCUCAUGAGGACCGGUACAGGAAUGGAAGACCCAGAGUUACCUCUGCUGCAAAGAAUAAGUUCAUUAGAGUUACCAGCCUCAGAAAUUGCAGCCCAAAUAAAUGCUUCACAGAGUUCAAGUAACAGACACAUCUCAACAUCAACUGUUCAGAGGAGACUGUGUGAAUCAGGCCUUCAUGGUUUAAUUACUGCAAAUAAACCACUACUAAAGGACACCAAUAAGAAGAAGAGACUUGCUUUGGCCAAGAAACAUGAGCAAUGGACAUUAGUCCUUUGGUCUGGAAUCCAAAUUGGAGAUUUUUGGUUCCAACCGCCGUGUCUUUGUGAGACGCGGUGUGGGUGAACGGAUGAUCUCUGCAUGUGUAUCUCCCACCGUAAAGCAUGGAGGAGGUGGUGUUAUGGUGUGGGGGUGCUUUGCUGGUGACACUGUCUGUGAUUUAUUUAGAAUUCAAGGCACACUUAACCAGCAUGGCUACCACAGCAUUCUGCAGUGAUACGCCAUCCAAUCUGGUUUGGGCUUAGUGGGACUAUCAUUUGUUUUUCAACAGGACAAUUACCCAACACACCUCCAGGCUGUGUAAGGGCUAUUUUACCAAGAAGGAGAGUGAUGGAGUGCUGCAUCAGAUGACCUGGCCUCCACAAUCCCCCAACCUCCACCCAAUUGAGAUGGUUUGGGAUGAGUCGGACCGCAGAGUGAAGGAAAAGCAGCCAACAAGUGCUCAGCAUAUGUGGGAACUCCUUCAAGACUGUUGGAAAAGCAUUCCAGGCGAAGCUGGUUGAGAGAACGCCAAUAGUGUGCAAAGCAGUCAUCAAGGCAAAAGGUGGCUAUUUGAAGAAUCUGAUUUGUUUAACACUUUUUUGCUUACUACAUGAUUCCAUGUGUUAUUUCAUAGUUUUGAUGUCUUCACUAUUAUUCUACAAUGUAGAAAAUAGUAAAAAUAAAGAAAAACCCUUGAAUGAGAAUGUGUCCAAACUUUUGACUGGUACUGUAUGUAGGGAAGUGGAUCAGCAUCUACCCAGACCUGUGUGCCGAACUGCUAAAACAGAGGGAGAUCCACAAAGAGGUGAGAUCCCAGCUACGCGAGCUAAACCUUCAUCCACCCGACAAAACAUAUCUUUCCCUUCCAGAAUACAACACACACAUUUUCUACUGCCAAGGAAGCUAAAGACUUCUUCGAUAAGCACAUCUAGUCCAACACACAAAGUGACGAGCUGACAGAUCUAGGCUAACCCCAAUUCGGCUGGCUCAAUAUUCAGGUUUGCUAUCCACACACAAUCACGCUAUGGCUGUGAUGCUGCCAUAGGACAACGAUGAGGAAGCCCUCUCAAUUGGGUAAAAGGAACACUAUUUUUAUUAAUGCUGAACAUUGGACUUCGUUGUUAUUAUAUUGUCUAUGUUCCAGGACAUUUAGACAUUGAUGACUCCACGCCAAUUAAUGAACAAUGGAUAAUAUAUUGAAGUGCCAUACAAUGAAGUGCUAUACAGACUGGGGCUGCUUCCUUGUGGGGCUACAGCACAUUGCAUCCCUAUGGAUUAAACUCCUUACGAUAGAUAGCCAGUCCCAUAUGGGCUUCCACACAAUUCCUUUUUGCUUGUUUUUUUUUCUUUCUUCCUAUGUUUAAGCUAAUUUAGACCAUAUUGCUAAUAAAAAUGAGGAUAUUCUAGUUUUUCUUAGACUAAAGAAAAGCUCCCACCCAAAAAAAAAAAAUGGGUGGGGAAUGACCAAUGGGUGUAGGUCCUGCUUUUUGUUUUAUAUCCAUGGGCUUAUUAACACUGAAGAUAAUAAUUACAUCAUUAAUAAUCCUUAUUUUUUAUGGCAAUGCUAGCUAUUCACUCUUGGAAUGUGAAAGGCCUAAACUCACCAAUUAAACGUUCCCGCUAUCUUGAUAUCCUAGCAAGAAACCACAUUGAUAUAGUAAUGUUCCAAGAAAUCCAUCUGCUCCAAAAGGACAUGCAAAAGGACAAACUGGCUGCUUUUUCAUCAGCCCCAAACAAAGCUAAAGUUGUAAUCAUAAUUAACUCAAAAUCACCAUCUUGGGUAAAGGCGAAGACCAAGGUAGAAUCACUUUCCUUAAAUGUAUCCAUAAUGAAAAGAAAAGUGCCUUUAUUAAUGUGUAUGCUCCAAAUUAAUAUGAUUCAUAUUCAGGUUUUUUAUUAUUUGAACAGCAUAUUGUUAGAAUUAACUGAAUUCCAACUAGUUAUUGGGACAGACAUAAAUGCCAUUCUGGACAUAUCUAAUAAGACCAACUACAAUCCAUAGGCAACCAAGGCUCUCCAACAUAUACUCUCUGAUUACAACCUCAUUGACGCCUGGCGAGCUCAUAACCCUAAAGCAAAAGAGGACACUUUCUAUUCAAACAGGCACAAAACAUUCUCCCGAAUUGAUUUCAUACUAUUAUCUUCUUUAAUCAAGAAAAUAGAAAUUCGACCUAUGAGCAUAUCUGAUCAUCAUGCCUAUUACUGCCAGAUAAACAUUUCAGAGUCUCCUAAAUGAGCCACAAGAAAGCGCUUUAAUGUUUCCUUACUAUAAAAUUCUACUUUCUGUGAACAAUUUGAAACUGAAUUGAAUAAUUAAUUAUGAUUCACAAAAAUUCAGUCGAUGAUCCUUGGAUUUUAUGGGACCCCAUUAAAAGGUUUAAUUGAAAACAAUGCAACUGCAUUUGCAUCUUGGCUGAAUAAAUCACAAUUCAAGAAGAUAUCAGAUUUGGAAAAGUUGCUAACGACAUUAGAGCGUUCUCAACAAACACUUUUUUCAAACCAGGUAGCAACUCUUUUCAAAGUCAAGACAGAACUACAUCUAUUGAUAAGACAGAGAUGAGAAUUUGCCAUCCAUUGAGUUAGACUCAACCACUACUUCCAUGGUAACCAACCCAGUCGUCUACUGGCUAACGCGCUUCGCAGUCAUGAUCAAUUAGCGGAUAUUGCAACUAUUCAAUCUGAAUCAAGUUAAAUACUAUCUGAACCUAAAUUAAUUAACCAAAGAUGAUCCCAUUUCUAUAAAGAAUUUACACCUCUGAUUGUAAAUCCACACCAAGCCAGAUUGAGUCAUUUUUUAAAAGAAAUAAGAACUUCUCUCAACUGAGGAAGCUGGCUUGCUGGGAGCCCACAUGUCUCUCCAUUAACCUUAAAAGGGCAUUGGAUAACAUGAAUAAAGGAAAAUCACCUGGUUGUGAUGGUAUUCCUCCUGAGGUCUAUUUUAAAAAAGGUAAGGAGGACACCCAGUGCUCUCACUAUCGCCCUCUAUCUUUGAUCAAAUAAAUUAUGUCGUCCCAUCUGGAAGUUGGUACAUCUGGACCAAAGCAAAGUUUGUUAAAAAACUAUUAUCCUCAGAUACUCUCUGUCGUCUAUUACAUAUCUUACAUGCUUCAUCAGAAACUAAAGCUCCUUGGGCAGUUCUAUCUCUUGACAUAGAAAAAGCUUUUGAUAGACUAGAAUGGUCAUAUCUUUGGUCAGUUUUGGAACAUAUGGGACUUUGCUCUAAUUGUAUUAAUGUGAUUAUAAUACUAUAUGCCAAUCCCUCAGCCAUAGUAAUAACAGGCAAUGCCUGCUAUGUUCCGCUCAGAAUAACUAGAAGUAGCAGGCAAGGUGAUCCCAUCUCACCUCUGCUAUUUUUAUUGUCUAUGGAGCCCCUGGCCCAGGCAAUUCGACAAUCAAAAGAAAUUAGACCAAUAUCUCUCAAUUCUACAGAUCAUGUAAUCUCAUUAUACGGCGAUGAUAUCUUACUUUAUCUAGACAAUGUAUUUCAAUCCCUCCCAAAAGAUCAGAAGAUCAUAGACAAUUUCAGCUCUAUCUCAAGUUAUAAAAUAAAUCGAACCAAAUCUGACCUACUGCCUCAAGACCCCGAUGCAGGACUACAUCUCUACUUAUGGAAUCCCAAUCAUAUCCCAUUUUAAAUAUUUGGGAAUAGAUAUAUUUCCUUCCUUAGAUAAAACCAUUGUCAAAAACUUUAAAGGGAAAUGUCAAAAAUGUUCAACUUCAUAUUUGUAAUCUCCAGCACCAUCCCAACAUCAACAUAUGUGAAAAUGGUGCGUUUCCAUGUUUUGCAGUAAAAAAGAUAGAGGAAGAUACAUUAAAUGUUUCCAUUGACAUUAUCAAUCAAUUACUAGAUUUGUAGGCAAUACCUACUCAUAAUUGGUUAAAAUCACAUAAUGCACAUUGGAUGAUGUCAUUGGAAACACUUAUCUUCCUCUAUCUUUUUUACUACAAAACAUGGAAAUCUCAAACCAAUUCAAUUAGACCUCAGUAGAUGGACUAAUAUCCCAGUUGCUUUAACCGGACGAAUAUCUGUUGUCAAAAUGAAUAUAUUGCCACGGCUGAAUUUCUGUAGUUCUAUGCUUCCCUUGUCUCCCCUUCUGGCUGUUGGGAUUAAAUCCAUAGUGCGGUUUAAAAAUGUAUAUGGCAAGGUAAGCGAGCCCGGAUAAAAUUAACAAACUUUCAAAGGGGGGAAGACGUAGGAGGACUAUCUGUACCAAACUUUAAAUUGUAUUUCCAGGCACUAGCAUUUCGUCCCAUCCUAAAUUGGUUUAGACAUGAUUCUUCCAUCCCCUGGCUGAAUAUAGAGAUAAAUAUGGUGUCUCCUAUUGCCCUGGAAGAGGUGGUCUUCCCUAAUAUAUCAAUCAAACAAUCCAAACUACGCUUUGGUCCUAUUAUUGCUCACGCAAUUUCUAUUUGCCGCAAAAUUUCUAUACAAUGUAACUGGGAAUCAAAAUGGCAUGCCCAUACUCCAAUAUUUCACAAUAGCGCCUUGCGAUGUGGAGGGCGGCCUUUUGCAACCCCCCAAUGGUCCAAAUGUGGAAUUCGUACCCUUGCCGAUAUCAUGUACAGUAAUGGUUUGAGAACAUUCCAAGACUUGAAAGACACAUACACAUUACCGGGCAAAUCAAUUUUUUUCUAUAUUUACAACUUAGGACAGCUUUAUAAAUAAAUUAUCUGGGCUCCCGAAAGGACUGAUCUUAAUAAUAUAUAAACAACUUUGGAAAGCUCAUAUUCUGAGCUAGCCAUUAAAAAAGUAUGGUCCACAGAUCUAAUUGAAUCUGAACAAACCUUUAACUGGAACAGAAUGAGGAAAAAUAUGACCUUGGCAUCCCGUAAUCCGAACCAUCAAUUUAUAACUGUUACGUUCCUUCACAGACUGUAUUUAACACCACGUUUUAAGAUGAGAUUGGCCCCAACUCCCAACUGUUCACUGUGUCCCCUAAAUCAGGUAGGCACAUUCCUCCAUAUGAUGUUCGAGUUCGCACUCCACACUGCCCUUUCCCACCUGGACAAAAGGAACACCUAUGUGAGAAUCCUGUUAAUUGACUACAGCUCAGCGUUCAACACCAGUGCCCACAAAGCUCAUCACUAAGCUAAGGACCCUGGGACUAAACACCUCCCUCUGCAACUGGAUCCUGGAAUUCCUGACGGGCCGCCCCCAGGUGGUAAGGGUAGGCAACAACACGUCUGCCACGCUGAUCCUCAACACUGGGGCCCCUCAGUGGUGCGUGCUUAGUCCCCUCCUGUACUCCCUGUUCACCCACGACUGCGUGGCCAAACACGAAUCCAACACCUUAAUUAAGUUUGCUGACGACGCAACAGUGGUAGGCCUGAUCACUGACAACGAUGAGACAGCCUAUAGGGAGGAGGUCAGAGACCUGGCAGUGUGGUGCCAGGACAACAACCUCUCCCUCAAUGUGAGCAAGACAAAGGAGCUGAUCGUGGACUACAGGAAAAGGCGGGCCAAACAGGCCCCCAUUAACAUUGACGGGGCUGUAGUGGAGCGGGUCGAGAGUUUCAAGUUCCUUGGUGUCCACAUCACCAACAAACUAUCAUGGUCCAAACACACCAAGACAGUCGUGAAGAAUGCAUGACAACACCUUUUCCCCCUCAGGAAACUGAACAGAUUUGGCAUGGGUCCCCAGAUCCUCAAAAAGUUAUACAGAUGUACCAUCGAGAGCAUCCUGACCGGUUGCAUCACCGCCUAGUAUGGCAACUGCUCUGCAUCUGACCAUAAGGCGCUACAAAGGGUAGUGCAUACGGCCCAGUACAUCACUGGUGCCAAGCUUCCUGCCAUCCAGGACCUAUAUACUAGGCGGUCAGAGGAAAGCCCAAAAAAUUGUCAAAGACUCCAGUCACCCAAGUCAUAGACUGUUCUCUCUGCUACCGCACAGCAAGCAGUACCGGAGCGCCAAGUCUAGGACCAAAAGGCUCCUUAACAGCUUCUACACCCAAGCCAUAAGACUGCUGAACAAUUAAUAAAAUGGCCACCCAGACUAUUUACCUUGACACACCCCCCCCCCCAUUUGUUUUUACACUGCUGCUACCCGCUGUCUAUUAUCUAUGCAUAGUCACUUUACCACUACCUGUACAAAUUACCUCAACUAACCUGUACCCCCGCACAUUGACUCAGUACCGCUACCCCCUGUAUAUAGCCUCGUUAUUGUAAUUUGAUUGUGUUACUUUAGUUUAGUUGGUAAAUAUUUUCUUAAGUCUUUCUUUAACUGCAUUGUUGGUUAAGGGCUUGUAAGUAAGCAUUUCACGGUAAGGUCUACACCUGUUGUAUUUGGCGCAUGUGACAAUUAAAGUUUGAUUUGAUUUGAGUGUCCUGCAGUUAAAUGCUUCUGGAGCAAAGUUACACAAUUAAUUUCAAAGUGCAUUAUUAGGUACACCCAUCUAGUACCAUGUAGGACCCCCCUUUGGCUCCAGAACAGCCUGAAUUCUUAGUGGCAUGGAAACUUUGCUCAAUUAGUAUCAAGGGACCUAAUGUGUGCUAGGAAAACAUUCCCCACACCAUUGCCCCACCACCACCAGCCUGUACCGCUGACACCAGGCAGGAUGAGGCCAUGGACUCAUGCUGCUUAGGCCAAAUCCUGACUCUGUCUUCAGCAUGACGCAACAGGAACUUGGAUUUGUCAGAUCAGGCGACAUUUUUCCACUCCUCAAUUGUCCAGUGUUGGUGAUUGCGUGCCCACUGGAUGGAGACAUGUUGGCUGGGUGGGGUUGGGGGAAUGGGAUGGGAUAGGAGGUUGGGGGUGGAGGCACACAAAAAAAGAUAUAUAUAUUCCUGUUUAUACUGAAUUUAUUAUUUAUUAUUAAACUGUGUGUAUUUCUUAGUUUUUAUUUUAUUUUGAGUGGCAGCGACAUUUUUCCACUCCUCAAUUGUCCAGUGUUGGUGAUCGCGUGCCCACUGGAUGGAGACAUGUUGGCUGGGUGGGUUUGGGGGAAUGGGAUGGGAGGUUGGGGGUGGAGGCCCCCACAUAAUUUUUUUCUAUUCCUGUUUAUACUGAAUUUAGUAUUUAUUAUUAAACUAUGUGUAUUUCUUAGUUUUUAUUUUGAGUGGCAGCCUAUGGGUACAGGUUUUAUAAAUGGAUAAUGUGAAAUGGAUAACAUACCUGUAACCUCCCAACAAAAAAAUAACAAAACAAAUACAAAUUUGGUCUCCAAAAAAUAUGUUCCUCAUACCCUCCUCUUUCUUUCUCUCCAGUCGCUCCAGUCUGAACAUGCGUGUGGACGAACCCGCGCGCCUCAACUGCCAGAGCGGCAGGAUUACCACUGCAAUCAUCAGCAUUCCGACGCCCCCAGCGACCACUCCUGUGGGCGACGCCUACCCUCCACCCCCUGGCCCCGCCCACCCUCCACCCCCUGGCCCCGCCCACCCUCCACCCCCUGGCCCCGCCCUUCAGAACGUUGUGAAGGUGUCUGCGCUGUGA